AUGACGGCUGGCUACAUUGUUGGCUCACUGGUCGGAUCCUUUGCCAUUGCAUACCUGUGUGACACAUUUGUUUCUGACAAGAAGGCUUUUGGAGAUUUGGAUUUAAGCUGCUUCAUUCUUUGUGGGCACACAGGUUCCACCCCCAAGACUGUCUCUGAGAAGGAGUGGUGGCAGGCCACAGACACCAAGUUCCAGGCCUGGCCUCGCACUGCUGGGCCACCGGUUGUCAUGAACCCCAUCAGCCGCCAGAACUUCAUCGUCAAGUCCACUGAGUAG